AUCUUUAUAUCAUAUACCCGCAUCUUCGACACCGCGUCUAGAAACUUUCAAAGGCAGAGUGCGUCCCUGGAGACUGGUCGCGUCCACUUCCGGUGGGACAGAGUGCUGGAAAAAUAGCAACGGCGGGGCGGCAGCACAGGCUCAGCUGGGGAAGUAGGAGGUCAGGCUGGAGCUAAAGCGAGUCGCUGUGCACGGGAAUGGGCGAAGUUUGACUGCGGAGAAGGUUCUCUACAAACAGGGAGAGACGUCAGUGAGUCAUGGAGGACUGUGGAAGCCUCAUAGAAUUUGAUGUGCCUGGGUUCAGCAACACCGUCCUGAACCAGCUCAAUGAGCUCCGUCUCCAGGGCAAGCUGUGCGACAUCAUCGUCCACAUUCAGGGACAGCCAUUCCAGGCCCACAAGGCUGUGCUGGCUGCCAGUUCACCCUACUUCCGCGAUCAUUCGUCUCUGGGCACGAUGAGCGGCCUCUCCAUCUCUGUAAUCAAGAGCCCUGAAGUGUUUGAGCAGCUGCUGACCUUCUGUUACACUGGCCACAUGGCGCUGCACCUGCGUGAUGUCAUCAGCUUUCUCACGGCUGCCAGCUUUCUCCAGAUGCAGGCCGUGAUUGACAAGUGCACUCAGAUUCUUGAGGGUAUUCACUCUAAGAUCAGCCUCCCAGUGCCUGGUGGAGCGGAUUCGGACAGCGAUUGCACACCAUCGAGGGCUGGACGCAACGGUGUGAAAGACAGAGGUAUUUUUAUAAACCCCACAGAGAUUUCGCCACCCUACUAUUCACGGCAAAAUCAUUGUGUGGAUGUGCGCGGCUCAGGUAAGGGGAUGGCGCAGCAGGCGGAGGGGGGACAGUCAGAUCGGGGGAGCAGCGACGGCGUAUCCGAGCAGGAGGUGUCCAUGGAGGUCGAAUCAGAGCAGGUAGAGCUCAUAGGAAAGGACGGGCAGGUGACAGAUGUCCAUAUCAAGGUGGAGAAAACGGACCGGCCCAGCUACUCCGACAGCUCAUCGGCAGGUGAUGAUGGCUACCACACUGAGCUUGUAGAUGGUGAACAGGUGCUAGCCGUCAGCGUAGGAUCGUACGGGCCCGUGCUUUCCUCUGCCGGAUACACCUACUCCGCACUGCCUUCCCCCUGUUUCGUCAGCCUGAGUUCCUCCAGCCCCUCCCGGUCAUUGCUCAGCAGCUACCGCGGUGGUCGUGCCCGCCCCAAACGUCCCGUACCUCUUCCAGCUGAUUUGCUAACUCAGCUCAAGCCAGCUGCCGAAGAAAGCGACGGACCUGCAGCAGCAACCGGCUUUGAGAACGACGUGAGGGAACGGAGUCUCCAUGGCCAAUGGUACCCCCACAAUGAGCGCCUUAUUUGUAUCUACUGCGGCAAGUCGUUCAAUCAAAAAGGCAGCCUGGACCGCCACAUGCGUCUGCACAUGGGCAUCACGCCCUUCGUCUGCAAGUUCUGCGGCAAGAAGUACACUCGCAAAGAUCAGCUUGAGUACCACAUCCGUGGCCACACGGACAACAAACCCUUCAACUGCCAAAUCUGCGGCAAAUGUUUCCCCUUCCAAGGCACACUCAACCAGCACUUGCGCAAGAAGCACAUGAUCACCGGCACAGAAGUUAACAAUCACACGGACUUGCUGCCAGAGGCACCCGAUGGCCAGAAGGGGGAGCAAGAAGAUGUCUCUGAGGGAGAACCAGCCUACGGAGCAGCGUGCAAUGAUGACGCAUCGACGAAAAAUAUAGGCGAAGAAAGUGGCAAGUGUAGUCCGGAGGAAGCCCCUGCGUCCAAAUGUGGUUAUUGAGAAACACGUUUUCAUAUUCGGGUGCAGAAACAACAAACCUGUCUCGCGCAUUUUCUAUUCGUCUGUUUUUGUGGAAGUUCUAUAUGGGACUAAGAUCAAGCAAAUGUUUUUAAGGAACCAGAGUUUUUAAAGGGAAGGAGUCUUACAAUCGGGUAAAUAAAUAAUGGAAGAGGCAAUGUAUUCAAGGGCCUCCCAAGAGUUUUAUCACAUUUUUAUAUAUCUAUAUAUAUUUCCAUGUUUUUCGACAUAUUUACGGAGUAAUAUAGGCAUGUUGCAAUAAUGAAUAAUGUGAAAGCUCAGAUGAGACGCUAGUCAUAUCACGCUUUUACCUGACCUAUUUUUGCACAUAUGGCCCGUAGUAGGUCACUCACUCACAAGGAAUGUUUUUUCUGCCAGCUCAAGGCUAAUUGUGACACAUCCGUUCAAUACCUCAUUAUACAACCUCAUUAUACAACCUCAACAUACUCAUAAUGAACAGUAUUUUUUGUUUCUUUUCAACUCUGGCCAGGUUUUACCUCACAGCAAAGAACCUGAAAGGAGGAGACAUUUGUUUUGUUCUCAGGGUUUAAAUGGAUACAGUGGAGAAAACCUUGAACAAAACAACUUCACUUUAUCAAGAUAUUUCAGUUAUAUAUUCCUAAGUGAUUGUACGAAUUCUGAUUCAUUGCCGUUCAGUUUUCUUCAGCAGCCAUUUUAUGUACGUCUGGGCGAAGAGUGCUGGCAAAGGUGUACCUGUGUUGCAUUUUGGGAUCAACGAUCCAGUACAAAAUAUAAUUGUUAAUAAUGCAAUAUUUCUUCACAUAAUCACAACAUGUUUCAUAGCGUUAACCAGUUGUAUGUGUAGGUUCAAAAUUCACUGAGGAGUUACACAUAUUAUGUUUAUCAGUUCUAAUUUUUUUGGCCUUCAUUUUUAUUUGGUUUGUGCCAAGUUCGUUUUUGUUUCAAAAGAGUUAUUUGCAGGUUGCUAUUCCUGACACUGAGAGGGAGGGUGUGCCUUCUAAAUUGAAACCUUAAAAUGUAUUUUUUAUUACAGUUGAAAAUAUGUUUUGGCACAAAAGUCAUGCACGUUGUGAAAAUUGCCUUGGGGCCGUACCACCUUGGGAAAAGGGGGAAAGAAUUCUAGAAAUAUUUAUAACAUUGGUUUCCUCACUCGGUCAAUGGGGGUUAACAUUUAUUUUCGUGCAGUUAGUCGGCUUGAAAGUGCUGCGGUAUUUGUAUUGGACAGCGAUGAUAAGAAGCUCUCCGUUGCUUCUCACACUUAAUGCAUAUGUUAACGUACAGACCAGACCAGUGUUUCAAAUAAGAAUGAAUAAUUCAACAACAUUCACUUCCUGCUGUCAUGCUUAAGUAUGGCACUUUUAUGCAUUUAGUUUUGGGAUGAGAAAACUUAAGAUGUCUAAUUUCACCAUAAUAUCUAUUUUCAUUUUUGUUAAAAGUACAGAAACCUCAUACCUCACACUUGUUUUUUUUCUUUCCUCGUGGUUGAGCUGUGGUUAGUUAUGACUCGAUCCUUUUUUUAGGAAGAUAAGAGAGUAUUCUCACAUGGCAAUUGGAUUGUAUUAAUGAUUUUUUUUACAGAUCUCAGAAAGGAUACAUAUGGUGCAAAGCAGAAAUUCUGAUAGUAUUUUAUUGUGUUUUAUAUUUUGAAGUUUAAUUGGUUAUUCACAUCCCUAACUGUCUGAUGUAUAUUUGAUUUAUAGUUCUUUAGAUUUAUAGACAGAUUUAAACAUGCCCAGUUUUCAGAAUCAAGUGCUUUGAUGUGUACACACCCUCUUUGGGUUCACUUUGGCUACCGUCCUGUUGCAUCUGCGGUAUUAUACCAUCAACACAACUCCUUGUCACACCUCGUUCCUAGGAAAAGUCAAAUACAUGACAUACGCAAUGACUUACUUAAUGGUGCUCCUCCUUGUUUGUAUGUUUGUGUAGUAUUGCAGUAUCUUUCACUGAUAAUGUUUACUCAUUUAUUGUUUUAAAAACUAAAUGCAUAUCACUGUUUCAGUUAUAAAUGCUCUUACAUUUGACACUUUAUGUGUUCUGGACAAAAUUUGUAUGCUUGGGCCCCUCCUCCCAGGGUACCUUUGUCAAGGGUCCCGGGACAUUCCUAUUUGUCCCUCAGAGGAAUAGUUCACUCAGAAAUUAAACUUCUGUUAUUAUUUACUGAGACGUAUGACAUUCGUUGUUUUGUAGAACAUAAAAGGAAGUAUGCUAAGGGAUGACCGCUUUGGUCAUUCACUUUCAUUGAUUGGAACUAGCAUCAUGUGAAACACUGGACAUGUAUGUAUAACAGAAUUUUCCAUUUUGUGUAAAAUAUUCCUUUUAAGAUUUAUCGCAAGAACUGAGAAAAGUUGAAGGAAAUGACACAUCUUUCUUUUUUCCCACGUUUUGUUAAAAAACUAGCUUUGAUGUCUUUGCUCUUAAUAUUUCAUAACAACUAACAAUAAUUGUGCCAUUCAAUUUUCCUCACACGUUCAUAUUUCUGGCAGAAGAGCAAUGAUCCACCUAACGCUUUUGUUUUAAACUCCUUGAGCUUUGAACAGAUAAUGUCCAACAAUGAGCCAAAUGUGAUAACUGUGCUUUAUGUGAUGAACAAGAGCCAAAACGCUUAAUGCGGAACACAUUAGGACUGGUCCAUACUACUGACAGAGCAUACUUUGGCGCUGCUCUAUGAGAUGACGUAUGUCAUUUGAAAUAGUGUGAGCCUGAUUUCUUAUUUACCCGAAUGCGUUUAGAUUUGCGAACCAGGUCUUUCAUCUUACAUAAUGUGAACAUGACUUUGCCCUCUAACCAAAGAGCAAACCAAAAAUUUGAAGGGUUUGUGAAGGACGCUGCACAGCGGACUAGAAAGAGACCAAAACCAAGCCCCGGAACAAAUCUUUUUCGGAAAUCUAAUUUCCCUGUCAGGGUUUUGCCUGCAAUAAAGAGGAAAUGUAUUGGUUGUUGUUAUAUAAAAAUACACUAGUUUUGUUGAAUUGAGAGAAGUGUAAAGUCUGCCCUUCAGCUUUUUGUUGUUUUGUGGUGUUUUCUUUUUUUUGGAGAGAGCGCAUGCGAGAAGUCUGAGAUGUUUUAUCUAGAAUGUGUUUGAAUUUGAACCCGUGCCUUGCCGUGAAACAAAGGCUACGUCACACAUCAACCCUGCAGGUCAUAUUUUGUGGCCGUGCCGAGGACAAUGUAAAUGAGAUUAAAAAAUAGAGAAUGUAUGUGUAUCAGGCUUUUGUACAAAUACUGAACUAAUCAUUCUGUGCAAAAAGGGGUUCUCAUAUAGUGGAAUUUUUCAGUAUCGUCGUUUUUUUUGGUUACCCGGGGAAAUUGUGUGUGUAGGGGUUCAUAUACAUUGAUAUCAAAUGAAGCAACAGAGAUUAAGCAUCACAAGCAUUAUGCAGUUUCGACAGCAAGAAAUAAAAUGGGACAAUCAGACAGCUUCAAAAUACGGAAGCUUCCUCUUUAAAAGUACUAAUUUUGUGUCGAUUUUUGCCUGGCUAUAAUCUUAUCAGAAUGAUGACGCUUUCAGGUUAGAAAAUAUCUGUAUCAUAUAUAUUUUGUUGUCUAUGGGGGUAUUGGAAAAAUGCAUGCCGGCCAACUUCUUGCUAAGGUAGAAUUGCAUGGUGCCCUCCACAUUGUCAUACAAAAAUACAGAUUUGUUUUUGUCUUGAAACUUGAAAGUGAUUUUCUUUCAUAGCUAUUGUGAUACUUCACCUGGCAUGCACUUAAAAAACCUUAUAGAUACCUUAAUGAUUUUUUAAUGAAAUUUUAUUCCAUAAGGGAUUCAUUUACUAUGUAAUACUCACAACUUAUGGGACUCUUAAAGCCUCAAAUAUUUUAUUGCUUGGGAUGUUUUCCCCCGUAAUGGUGCUUUACGACUGGUCAGGUUUUUUUAAUGUAAGCAAAAAGAUGAUAUUUAAUCUGUGAUAUAGGGGUUAAUUACAAUUGUAAAUGAUUUAAUGAAUUGUACAAAUAGCGUCAUACUCAUACUCACCUAGGUCCAUAUCAUUCAGUUCACAUUGAUACAGUUUGUGCCGUGCACAAUAAUCAAAAAGGAAGUGUUUACGGGAUAAGCUGUUGGACUACUUUUUGAUUGUGUAGCUCAUCCUUUUUAACUAUAGAUUCUUACUUCAGGUAGUUUAUGAACACUGCUAGAAACUUAAGAGAUGUUGAAAAAAUAAAUCUUGACGUCUUCCAUUGAUUCUUCACUUCAAACAUGUCUCCACUGUGUAGUAAUAAGUAAAGCAAUAAAAUUUGAGCAGUUUUUCCAUUGAUGUGUUGCCUCUCGGAUUGCAGCAGGAUAAUGUCUCAGAGUGCAUUCAGGAUGUCAGGGAGUUGAGAUCAAUCAUGAGCAGGAGAGGAUUUCUUUAUUUUUGGAAUAUAUCCCUUUUUGUGAAAAUUUGGACGGGUUGGGUAAAUAUGCUUCUUCUAAGGUGUGGCUUGUUUUUGUGGUUACCAUAGUCUACAUUCUGUUUGUGGCCGUCUUCAGUACGUGCGUGUGAAUGUGAUCAUCUACCAUCUCAUUGACACGGGUGGAAAUCUUAUUUUGUAUGUGUCGGAAUUUGGGUUUUGGCGAGAAAGCUUUUUGCCAUUGUGUGUGCUAAAGAUCUUCCUGCUCAUGCAUUUAUACUGUAGAUAAAACUGGCCAAAAUUUGUGAACAUGAACAUACGAUUUGUUUAUAGCAGUCAGAAACGCUGUGAGUUUGUAGUUCUCAUGUAUCCGUGAAAUGGCAAAAAAGAAAAAAAAGUAGAACUCAGGGUUUGCUAGAAUACAGUAAAUGCCAUUUUGGAUAUGCAAUGUUUUUUUGUAUGUCCAAAAAUAAGCUUGCACUUUUACUUCAGGUGGGGAAACAAUUCCUCAGUCAUUGGUUCCCAGAAACAGUCUGCCUCAUAGGUGCAGAAAGAUGCAUCGAAUGUUUCCGUUUUUGCUUUCCGAAUGCAUGAGACAAGCUGAGGAAUACAGAAGAUCUUUAGCGCUUAUCAAAUAAGUAGCACUCUGUCCAACUCUCUGUCAUCCACUCUACGGACAACCUCACAACCCAACUGUGAACCUCAGAACUCUACUGUUUUAUACAACUAAUGAAGUAGAUGAAGCUAGCUGAUGCUGUAACGAUUAACUCGCCAUUUACAAAUUUAAUUUUAUAGCAUGAUAUAUAAAGUUAUAUUUAUUCAAAUUAUAUAUUUUACUCAUAAUCAUUCUGUGCUGCUUUUUAUUUUUGUUCUUAAAGCUUGUAUAUUGCUUUUUUAUGAUACAAGGAAAUGUCAAUAGAUAAAAAAUGCAUUUGUUUGUACAAUAAAGAUGCUGAUUUGGCAAA